AUGUUAUCGUUCCUCUUAUUCUCUCUUGCAACAAGUACAUUUAGACCCGACCAUGAGGUUGUAAUGAGUGUAGUUGCACCAUGGGAUGAAACUCCUCUCUUUGAACAUAUUUUAUUCUUUAUGACUGAUUUCUCUUCUGAAAUGGCUACGCAAUUCCUUAGAGACAUCGUCAAAAAUCACGAUCAACUUAACAAUGAAACAUUUAUUUGGGAAACGGCCUUUAGAAUCCUUCCAAAAUUCCAUCACGCAUUUUUGAAAUCACAAAUUAGUAUUGGAUUCUAUACACCACGUGGUGAAAUGUACAGAGAAAUGGCUCGUACAAAAGGCGGCUCUAACUAUAAUGACUUAAUGAUUAUUGGUGAAAAAUUAAAUACAUUUGGAAUUCUUUGUCAUUACUUACCAAGCGAUGAUCUUGAUGUUCAACCUUUCGAACUCCAGUAUGGCAUUCCACAGUCAAUUGUUUAUGCCAAUAUUUACAACAAAGAAGUCGCUGAAUACGUAAUCAAACUUAUCGAUGAAAAUAUUCCAUUCUCUUUCCGCCCAACAUCUAAGACAGGUAAGUUUGGUGUUAACCUCCGUGGCUUUGGUAUUGAAAUGCGUCCGUUCAAGUAUUCCAUGGAAUACGGUGUUAAAGAUUCAAUCGUUCUUGAAUCUUCUAAGGAAGUCAGCCUCCAUAAAGAUGAAACAACCGAAAAUAUCACCGGAAUCCCUGAAUCUUACUAUGAUCUUCUCAAAGAAGAUAUGUUUGCCGAGAAAUUCACAUCCUGGCUUGAAAACCAUAAUGAUACAAGCCUUGUUAAGCGUAUGCGCGACUUUACAAACAAUUAUCCGCUUUACAUCAACGAAAUUCUCAAAACAAACAUUUCUAAUUCAUCAAUUGGCAGUCUCGAUCAAUUAUAUCGUAUGAGAUACAACGGACAGACUCUUUCUAGUCUUAAUGGUCGCGUAUUGUCACUUCCAAAUUUGGAUAUAUUUACUCUCAUCGAUGUCAUCAAUAAAGAGCGUGUAAGUCGUCAGAUUCUUACUGAUGAGUUCAAGCUCAAUGAAACUCAGCUCGACGUUAUCUUCAAAUCGUACAAAGAAGAUUCCAGAUCAAUUUUCUUUGAUACACGCAGCAAAUACGUUCACUAUUACAAUGAUGUCAUGACAGAUCCUCAUUUUGAUGAUUAUACUGACGAUUUCUCCAUUUUCUACACUCCAUUAAACCAAAUGCCAAGAGUUCGUCGUCCACUUGCACAAUAUGUCCUCUACAUCGAUCCUACAACCAACAAUGGCUUCACCGAAUUAUACUACGCUACAAAUCUUAUUGAAGAAGGAUAUACAGUCAAUUUAGGCCUUGUUCCUUACUUCAAUUUGGGAUCUAAGCUUUCAAAGCGUAUUGCCUUUGCCUUCCACCAUAUUGCCAGAAACGUAAAUAGCUCAGAAGCCAUUCAAUUCUUACUUGAUGCUCAUUAUGUUCUUGGCGUUGACAUGGACUCAAGAACUCUCUAUCCAACAUCGCCAGCAACAUACAAGGCUGCUUACCAACUCCAUGCAAACUCUAAAUGUUUGAAAUGGGAUGAAUUAUAUAAAUUGUUCGCAGGAUCUCCGGAACUUGACGCCAUCCUUGAUACUAUAUCCUACAUAAAGAAUGCACAAAUCGCUAUCCCAUGCUCUUAUAUGAAUGGAAAGAAAGUUGAAACCAGUAAUGGCAUGAACGUCAUUUAUUAUCACGCUCAGACCGCAAUUACCGAACUCGCUGGACUCAUUAGAAGAUUCCGAAUCACAAAAGAUGAUGAUUUCGACGUUUUUGAUAUCAUAUCAAGAAGAUAUUUCGUCGCGAAGUCAUUAAACGAGGAAGUAUUGUAUUCAACACCAAAGUCUCUCAAGAUUUCCACCCUCACUUACGACAGACAACUUGAAUACAUCGAUUUAAUUUCAAAAACUAAAUGGGAUUACUCCAACGAAGGCAGACUUACCAACUAUUUCUUCCUCUUCUGCAAUGACUCCGUAGAUACAACUACUUUCUUCGAUUUUGCAAAGAGAAAGAGAUUUAAUUCCGCCCAGUUCAAGGUUAAUCCAGAAAUUCCAAAGAAUUUGAGAUCAAUAUUCCCAUCAAGUAACUCCACAUGCUCUCUUGUCGUCAACGGAAGAGUUUACGAAGAUAUUGAUCCGAAUGAUUUCGAAUUUUACCAAUUAGCCGAUGAUUGGAACACCUAUUUCAUCUUAGAUGGUCUUUUCGCAUUAGAUCAGUCCGUCAAACGUAGAAGAGUUGAAUGUUUAGCCUAUUCAUCUUCAUUAAUCAUUGAUUGGAUGGCACAAAGUGUUGUUAGAAGGCAUGAUUCAGAUGAUUUCUUCCAAGUCAAGAACCCUAUGAUCUACGCAACCCAGAAUUCCACUUCAGAUAUCGUAUGGGAAUUAGUUGUUGAUCCUUUGACGAGAGAAUUCCAACGAAUCGCUUCCAUUAUCAACUGGGUUGAGAAGAACAACCUCGCGCAGAUCCGUCUUUGCUUAGUUCUUCCAUUUGCUUUGAAUGAUUCUUUAACAACACUUACAACGUACUACAGAAGCGCUCUUGAUGAAGAUAUCGCAGUAUUCACGAUGCUCAAUGACACAACAACCUAUUCUGCUAUGCCAGAUAUGCCAAUGUCUUGGGUUUACGAAUCAAUGCGCGCUUCCACCGAUUUGGAUAACAUUUUGUUAUCCCAAUUGAAGACACAUUCACAGGAAGGAGUUUAUGUACUCACAAAUAUCCUUUUGGAAGGAAAUUGCCAAACUUCGGAUUAUCAAACGGCCGAAGGUACUGAAUUAGCCAUAGAAAAUGAAAUGGGUGAAAGACUAAGCGAUACAACAUCCAUGAUGAACGGAUAUUUCCAGUUACAAGCUAAUCCUGGAAAAUUCAAUAUUGAAAUCGGCGGAGCUAGAUCGGCUUCAAUCUUUGAGUUGCCAAAGACAACAGUAAUCAUUGGCAGCUUCGUUAACCCAGUUGCUAAGAUUCUUUUGAAUUAUAGACCUGGCAAAGAGGGAAUGAAGGCAAAUAACGUCACGGCAAGUGGUGAUUUCGCAACAACUGAUAGAGUUGAUGUAUUCUCAGUAGCUAGUGGUCACUUGUACGAAAGAUUAAUGAAGAUUAUGAUGUUAUCUGUCAGAAAGCGGUCAACCCAUAACGUAAAAUUCUGGAUUGUCAAGAACUUCCUUUCCCCAACAUUCAAGGCUACUUUGCCGAUCAUGGCCGAGAAAUAUAAUUUCUCUUACCAAUUAGUAUCGUAUAAAUGGCCAACCUGGCUCAGAGGACAAGUCGAAAAGCAGAGGAUUAUCUGGGGCAACAAGAUUUUGUUCUUGGAUACCAUCUUCCCGCUUGAUUUAGAAAGAGUUAUUUAUAUUGAUGCCGACCAAACAGUCAGAGCUGACUUAAACGAGCUUAUGAGGAUGGACUUCCAAGGUGCUCCAUACGCAUUCACUCCAAUGUGCAAUUCCAGGAACGAAACCGAGCCAUUUAGAUUCUGGAAGCAAGGAUACUGGCUUAACCACCUCCAGGGCAAGCCAUACCACAUUUCCGCAUUAUUCGCAAUCGAUCUCCUUAAAUUCAGGCAGAUGGCCGCAGGAGAUUUGUUGAGAUACCAUUAUCACCAUCUUUCAAGUGAUCCUGGCUCACUUGCAAACCUCGACCAAGACUUGCCAAACUACGCCCAGCACCAGAUACCUAUUUUCUCAUUGCCACAAGAGUGGCUUUGGUGCGAAACAUGGUGUUCGGACGAAACAAUGGCCAAGGCUAAGACAAUCGAUCUCUGCAACAACCCAUUGACUCACGCUCCGAAAUUACACAUCGCUCAGACUAGAAUUGAAGAAUGGCCGGGAUUGGACGAAUUGGCUAGAAAUAUCUCGGCAGGACCUGAUGAUUAUCAGUACAAAUUCUUUAAGAAACAAGAAACUGAAUAG